AUGUGAUGUAUAUCCUACAUCUUGAAGCCGAAACAUUAUCAGAACUCAUAGAUGCAGAAUCCUGGUUUAUACCGCCACAUUAAGUCGUGUCAGAUUGUUGUAACGUUGCACCCGCAAUCGACCGGUUGAUUCACGCCAGCUGAUAAAUCUGCGCCCUUACGCCUGCUCUGUUUGACGCCCUGACAAACCCGACAGGAAGGAAGAUAUAAGAAGACUCAACAGAUCAGAGUUGUAUUAGGACAGAGAACGCUCAUAUUUAUGUCGGUCUCACCAACCCUCCAAACCUCACCAGGCGGAUUUUACUGUAAACCCACGCUCCACACAUGCUUGUCCGCUCCGUCUGUCCAGUUCACCGUCUUGCUCGGGCACUCCAGUCUUCGUCCGCCUACCCGGGGCAUGGCAACGCACGGGAUGUCUGACGCGCGAUUUCAUCACGCGAUUUCAGUCACGCCUUGGCAACACGCCUGCUGUCUGAUGCGCGAUUUCAUUAGCUUUUGGCUGGGCCAUGGCAACACGCUCGCAGGGUCUUUCCCAAGCACGAUUUGUGGCAAACAGCUGCGCGUUGGCAGUCAGCUUUCUCGCCCAGCUGUCACAAAUCUUUGUCGGCUUACUAUACUCUUCUCCUUGCGGUUUCUUUGACUUCAACCACACCCACCGAUACGUCGCUGCGAAAGGAAUUUCGCAUCAUAAUGUGCUGCUUCUUUUUAUUUCUGCUCAACUUCCAUGCACCUCAUGCGUUGCUCGUCUGCAGCGCGUCAACUUAAAUGCGAUGGCUAAGCAGUUGGGGACAACAAUAGUUCGAGCUACUUGUUUGUGCAUGAACUCUGCGGCCUUUUUAGUCCAUUCAGCUGUUAGUAUUCAGAAGUGAGGAUCGAACCCGGGACCAUGACGGGUCCACGUUGACAGAAAUCGGACUGGAUGGGACUCGAGUCUGAUAAGCCAUAAGUAAAUGCAGGAGGUGAUCGAACAAUCCGAAACCAAUCAUGCUCCAUUGUUCUCUCAACUUUAUUCCUUAUUAUCUCUACUAACUUCGUAGCCAGGUUUAUGUACAUCUUCUUGGCAUGUAUCGUGUCAUCCGAUUGAUCCAUCAUUUAGGUACGUGACUACAAUGUGCGAUUUUGUCUUAUUUUAUGGUGCACACUUCACGCAAUCUCCUCGCAAGCGUGUCCCAGGGAUAUGCUCAACCGGAUUGCCGCUUCGAAUACAAUCCGCUUCAUCAAAACCUUAUCACAACUGGAUUUGGAUUUUAUACCCGUCGAAUCUUCUUUGUACACUCUCAGUUGUCGUGAGACUGGCUUUCUGUACAGCCUCCCUUCACACCUUGUCCAAGACAGACAAAGCCGUUUGGAACAGUUGUCGGAGCAGCUGGCCACCGUAUGUGUCACUCUGGAUGAAUAUCCAAAAAUAUGCUGCCGCAGGAGCAAUACAAACUUGGAAUUGGCUCGCUUGACUCAGUCAAAACUGGAUGCAUGCCGAGAAAGUAACCCAAGCAUGGGUCGGGGCCUCCACAAAGAUCGAAGCAUUCUCCUAAUUCUUGAUCGCGGAUUCGAUCCGGCCAGCCCACUUCUACACGAACUGACCCUGCAAGCCAUGUGCUAUGACCUCUUGGACAUCGAUGACGAUACAUACACAUACGGCGAAAAUCGUAAGGCGAAUGUUACCGAUCGGGAUCCGCUAUGGAGAGAAUUACGACACCAGCACAUUGCUGACGUCACGAAAACUCUUCCGAAGCGAAUCCGUGAAUUCGCGGAGAGCAAGAAGCAAUUCACUGCGAUCCGAUCCUCGGGACUCCGUACCUCGGAUGGCGGUUACGUGAACGAUGCGGCGUUGGCCGACUCUGGCAAGAAGGAAACUCUGGGUCUUCGUGAAUUGUCGGAUCUAAUUAAAAGAAUGCCUCAGUAUCAGUCUGAAGCUGCCAGUUACACGGCGGUGUACAGCAUCACUGAAGCUUGCAUGAAUGUAUUUAGACGUUCUGUGGACAAGCUGUGUGGAAUGGAACAAGACUUGGUCAUGGGACAGAACGCACAGGGUGAGCCCGUUCGCGACGCAAUGCGUUUGAUAUCCGAACUUGUGAAGUACGAUUUCGCAUCUCGAGACGACCGCCUGCGAAUGCUAAUGCUGUUUACUUUGAUCAAAGAUGGUAUAUCCGAAAACCACUUGGACAAACUUCUCAGCACAACCAACGUGGAAGAACUCAACAAAUUUCUGUUUGCAAGCUUUUCUUUUGUGCUUGGUGCCCAGCUGAUUCAACCCGAAUCUACAGCUUUCAUCAGCAGUGGCUAUGGCAGUAAUUCUUCGGAUCCGAAGAUCAGGUUUGCUCAGUUUGAGAGCUUUCUACGCCUUCCACCGGUUGCCAAGGUAUCGGAUUUUGCACUUACCUUUCUUCCGACAAAAGGCAAACGGAAGGACCGUGUAGACUCCAAUUCAUAUGCAUUCUCCAGAUGGACGCCUUAUCUGAUGGACAUUCUCGAGGAGACGAUUUUGGGUAGCCUCGACAAACGACAUUUUGCUUUUGUGACGGAUAAAAGAGCAGAUACACACCUCCACACUGAUGUUUCUGAACAAUCGCCUGUAAGUCAUCGCGGUCCGUCGGCUCGCUUUCAACCCAAUCGGGAUGCAUCCAAUCCAAAAGAUUCUCGAGAUGCAUAUGGAUCUGGGCCGGCAGUACAGCAAUCCACAGGAGCAUUGGAUAGAGGAGAGAAGACAGAACACUGUGGUCCCAGACUCAUCGUCUUCAUUGCAGGAGGAGUGACGUGGUCAGAGUCCAGGGUUGCUUAUCAGGUUACACAAAAGUGUGUGGAAACCCGGUUGGCAGAAAGCGACCGAAAUCCAAGUGGGAGGACCGGCUUUUCUGCAUCCAACAAAACUGUGCUAUCAGGUAGCGGCGGUAUUGGUUGGAACUGGGAAGUCAUUAUUGGUGGCACACAUAUGCUGACUCCCAAGGCAUUCAUUGGUGAUCUGGAUUCGAUGUCACGCCAUUUUGUGGCUGAUCUCGGUAGUAGUACGAAGCAAGCCUCUCCUAAACAUCACACACACAGGACGUCGUCUGAUGGUUCUCAGUUUGCCUAACUACAUCCUUCAACCUAUCGAUGAACCCGAAGCAUAUCUAUCAAUACUCGGCUGUGUCUACUUUACGUUCUGUGCGUUUUACCCCUGCCGAAUUCGUCGAGUCAACGCACUUGACGUUGUUUUAUCAUAUUCUUGUGGCCACUAAUAACUAAUACCAACGGGUGUCAUUUUGCGUUACCCGAACAAGGCGUCCCAACCUCAUAUUCUGUGUUUUUCUAGUAUGCGUUAUGCCAUUAUUUUUUUAACAUGCACAUACCAGUUUGGUCUUCA